AUGGCUCAGCUGUCGGGCCACUCGGAGACAUCUCUAUCUGAGCUCGUGGCCAGCUUCCAGGCUUACAACUACAUAUAUGUCGCGAUUGCUACUUUCUGGACCUACGACUAUUGCAUCACGUUCGAUAAGGAGCUCUCGUACCUUCGGUAUGCUACGGGGAGGAAGGUCAAGGCAUGGUACAUGCUUACAAGGACGUUGCCCUUUAUGCUAUUGCCUCUGCAUCUGUACUAUGAUAGCUUACCACCCGACAAUGAAUCGAGAUGCAUACUAUUGGAUAAUGUAGCAACACUUAUUAGCAUCCUCAUCAUUGUCUUCUCAGACGUGCUGUUUGCAAUCCGCACUUGGGCCCUAUGGAACCGCAAGAAAAUCAUUGUAUUUUCAAUGUUAACCUUGGCCGUUGCCUUGUCAUAA